UCCAAAUCUAUCACCACAAUUUGUAGUUUGAUGAUGAUGACGUUGGUCUUGACGUCGAAGUGUUUUUGUUCACAUAAGCGAUACUAAAUAGAGAACUAAAAGACGACUCGACUUGUGUUUGCAGGGCUAGAUGACGACAACACCUUUUUUACUCCAUAUUCAUCCUAUUUUUACCAUUGUAAUUCCCUGACCUCGUUGCGACGUAAGUAUAGAACAAGUAGCGAAGCCUAAGUAGCGAAGUCAUGGCUUCUAAUCAUGAUCAUGAUCUUCCCUUUCAAAAUAAAAAGCACGUGAGUAUUCGCUUAGAGAGGUUACACUCGUAGUUCCCCGAGAUCGGCACCAUAAAGAUUUUUUUUAGCCAUGAGUAUCAUUACCAAGUCUUGUCCCGCCUCCAACAAUUUGUUUCACCCGCGGACCACAGAGUAGUUGUCACCACGUGAACCCCCGCUUUGGACGACGAAAAGAGACGACCACUGGGCGACCGGGCAACGCCAGCGCUCAAAACAGCCACUUCCCAGCAACGACUGAUCGCAGUACUGACGAACGGCGACAGUGCGUGCGACGCAAGAACAGUCCCAUACUGAAAAAUACAUUACCCGUCGCCAGAACUAGGGAGCCUGGAGCUCGAGCGACAACUUACCAUCACGGCCAGUUCAGAAACAACAACGAUUUAAUCGGUCUUUUCCCCCCAUCGCAGUGUUGGGACCGCAAGUUCAAGUGCUGGCAGAAAGCUACUAUCCUGCUUGUCAUCUUCACUGCUCUUUCUUCGCCUUCCACCCCGCGACUUGCUUUGUCCUCCGAACAGCAAGUUUAGAACGCGCAAAAGAUUGCGCUCACCAGAGCAGAUCAACGAUUUCUCCUUCUCCAGGAAGAGAACCACCAGUAUCACCAAGCGACGGUACCAGACGACACCGGAAAACGGCUAAAACCCGAAGUUUAAUAUCUUCCCCUUUCGUAGAGCAAAAUGGACAGCGCAGGUAAUGUGAUAAAGAAGGGCCCGGCGGCCGAAGAGGACGAGCCGGAAGUGCAGCCUCUGGAUGAAGACGACAUUGAAAUUCUCAGAAAUUACGGCCUCGGCCCGUACACCGUACCAAACAAAAAUGUGGAAGGUAUAAAACAUACAUGCGAAGUUCAUUUUGUUUCAUUGGAGGUUCGAGAUAGUUUGCUUUUGCUCGAUGCAUGAAACCAAAUUUGGAUCGAAGCUUCAAUCUGUGAAUUGCCCCGCCCGCUUUGAUCUCUUUUGUCUACUUCCUCUUGAAGUCCAUUCGUACAUACGUGUUGCAUUUUCAGAAAAAAAAUUACCAUCAAACUUUGAUUAACAUUGACGCAACAGGUGGCGUGAAAGACUACCUGAAGAGGAUAAACAAAAUUAUCGGCAUCCGCGAGUCCGACACCGGAUUGUGCCCCCCAAGUCAGUGGGAUUUGGCCGGCGAUCAGCAGAUGAUGAAGCAGGAGCAGGCACUGCAAGUUGCAAGGUGUACCAAAAUUAUCGACGCCGGGACAGACGACGCGAGGUACUAUCUACUCAUGAAUGACAAUUUUAUCAGAUUCUUUAGCAGGUCGCGCCUUAGUGACUCUGCAUGCAAAAUUUGAAUUUCGCACACAAACAGAAAAAACAAAACAUUCACACCAAUUGCAAACCCUGAUUAAUAUUGAAUGCCCGUGGUCGACAGGUAUAUGAUUAAGAUCCGGGAGUUUGCGAAGUUUGUGGUCGGGCUGGGCGAAAAACUCUCUGCCGCGGACGUCGAGGAAGGAAUGCGGGUUGGUGUGGACACUAGUCACGGCGGCAAAUACCGGAUUCAAAUCCCGCUACCCCCAAAAAUUGAUCCCACGGUCACCAUGAUGACGGUGGAAGAAAAGCCCGACGUCACCUACGCAGACAUAGGCGGGUGCAAAGAACAGCUGGAAAAACUGCGAGAGGUAAUUAUAACCCAUCUACUUCUCAUGAUAAGCAGCAGCAUCGUUGGCGUGCUAAAUGCUAUCUCAUUUCAGCGCUUUUCUUGGCACCGUGCACGUGAAAAUCAUCGUCAGUGGCCAACAAAGAAGCUGAUCAAGUUCGAGAAUUGUUCCUGCAAAAAUGAAAGUGUAUCUUGAUCUUCCAAAUUGACGCAUGAGAUAAACCCUCUCUUCACAGGUAGUUGAAAUGCCUCUGCUGUCACCCGAACGCUUCGUGGCAUUGGGUAUUGAUCCGCCAAAGGGGGUGCUGCUGUGGGGCCCGCCCGGCACGGGGAAGACCCUGACCGCGCGAGCCGUGGCCAACAGAACAGACGCCUGCUUCAUCUGCGUCAUCGGUUCCGAGUUAGUCCAAAGGUAUUUUUAUCGUGUUAGAACAAUGAUUUUUUUAAACCAGGUUUCUUUGCAUAGCUGCUGCUGCAGGCUCAGACGAUUAUGAGCGAAGAUGACAGUCAUACCUACGGAUGAUGUCCGCAUUAUAGCAUCCGCAUCGCCUCCGGACGAAACAUAAACAAACUCCCUGCACAGGUACGUCGGUGAGGGUGCGCGCAUGGUGCGCGAGCUGUUUGCGCUGGCGAAAUCGAAGAAAGCGUGCAUUCUUUUCAUCGACGAGGUCGACGCGAUCGGCGGCUCGCGCGACGAGGGUGGCGACAACGAGGUGUCACGAACAAUGUUGGAAAUCGUGAACCAACUGGACGGCUUUGAGUCCCGCGGCAACGUGAAAGUCCUGAUGGCGACCAACCGACCGGAUACUCUGGAUCCCGCGCUGCUGCGACCGGGCCGACUGGACCGCAAGGUCGAGUUCGCCGUGCCGGACCUCGAGGGCCGCUAUCAGAGUGCACAACUCUUCCUUCGUUUCGUUUGUCAUGUGAAAUAUGCACUACUUUUGGAUUUGGAACUUUGCGCAUGAAAACAUUCACAAGCAGGACCAGGAUGUCAAAGACGACUGAAGUCCACUCUCUUGCUCGGAUUCGUUGCGCAAUACGACCACUACCAGCACUAGAAACUCAAACUCCUGCUUGUAUGAAGGAUUUAUCGUCGGCGCAUCUGUUGCUGCGGCAGUUAUACAGGACAAUUGAACGGAGCGCGGGGGUUGUGCACUCUCAUAGCCGGGCUCACAUUUUCAAAAUCCACGCGCGCACCAUGAGCAUGGAAAAGAACAUCCGUUUCGAGCUCCUGGCAAGGCUCUGCCCAAACGCAAGUGGCGCAGAACUGAGAAGUGUCUGCACGGAAGGUAAUAAUACAGGCCCUUUUGCUCGCCGAUUUUCAUCGUGGCUAUUUUAUUUGUGCAGCAACAGAUAGAUGAUCAUCUUCGGAUUUUUCCCUGCUCUAUUCGAAUUCAUCUCGUUGCACUGCAUAUUUUGUUGGAGCAUCACCUUUUCGUUUUCUUCUCUCGGGGUGGAGGACGAGUGUUUUUGGGAUACAACACUACACACAACCGAAAACGAAAAAUCACAUCAACAGCUGGUAUGUACGCGAUCCGAGCUAGAAGGAAGAUGAUCAGCGAGAAGGACAUGAUUUAUCCAGCCGAAAAGUGCGCAGUGUCAUUUGACGUACGUUACAGGAAUUGCAUAAAUGUUUUGCAGUGCUGUUUAAGUUUAUACUUCCAGAGGAUUCUGAUUCAAGUUCAACCGAAACAAAUGAACCACGCACCGGCUGCGCGAUCUCUUGCUCACACUGCAAAUAUGCGCACGCACUGUCGAAAACUUGAAGAUUUUUUAUGUUGCAUCAAAAGCAGAAACUUACAAAUAGCACGAGCACUUUUUGGCCUGAUAUGCUCGAGGCGAUCAACAAGGUGAUCAAGGGGUACGCGAAGUUUUCCGCCAAUGCCAAGUACAUGGUCUACAACUAGUGGAAUUGAAACACGAAGGUGGAAGCGACAACAUCAACAUUUUUUCAAUCACCUCUACUGUGGAAGAACUUCUAGCUUGUUUUCAUCGCCGUCAUCAGUCGUUCGGCUUCUGGCAGACGAGGACACGUGUGGGUGAUCAGAUCUGUCCUCCAUGACAGGAUGCGGCUAUUGUGCUGCCGCUGGACGGAAGAAAACAGAAUCUGAUGAUCAACUGGUUGAUAAUAUCCCUCUUGAUGAAGAUGAUUUUUCCACCACCUGAAUACACAAGCUAAGCAACUCAACAAUAAAUGCAAAAGCCUGAGUGGUCGUCCAGCUUCGAGAAGCCCAAACGCAAACAAGCAC